AUGCCAGAGGUCCCUUAUAGAUUUCAAAGCUUAUUCAUGUUCUUGGCAACCAUGAAGAAUGGAUUCAAGGAAGGGUGUAGACUUGUCAUAGGUGUUGAUGAAUGUUUCUUGAAGGGAAUGUACAUGGGGCAAGUAAUGGCUGAUGUUGGGAGGGAUACCAACAACAAUAUGUACCCAAUUUCCAUGAUUGUGGUAGAGGCAAAGACGAAAGAUAACUGGACCUGGUUCCUCGAGGCACUUGGCGCAGAUUUUGGCCCAAGUGGUCCACAUGGGUGGACUUUCAUUUCAGAUCGACAAAAGAAAAAAUAUGCGAGUCAUUCAGAGGUUAAUAGUGAUACACCUUUAAAUAGACCGUUAGCAACGGAUCUUAAUGCUUCAGUGACUGAUGAACGGCCUUCCAAAUGUCCAAGAAUCCUUCCUGAAGAAAUUGAUGCCACCUCUUUGCAACGUGAUCCAGGAAAACGUCCGCAAAUAUGGGAAUUUCCUGUAAACUUACAAGAUGAAAUGGGACGUGCUUAUCUUAGAGCUGGCCCAUGUCAACCUAUUCUUAAACCUACAGAAUAUCCAGUUUUAGGACCGGAAAAUCAUCGUCAUCGAUUUCAAGCUUUUUGGUUUCAGACAUACUCAACUUGGUUGGAAUAUUCGAAAUCAAAGGAUGCUAUCUUUUGUCAUCCAUGUUACAUUUUUGCUAAGAAAUCAACAGGCCGUCCAGGAUCAGAUGCAUUUACAGUGAAAGGUUUUAAGAAUUGGAAAAAGGUGAACGAUGGAAUGAAUUGUCCUUUAAUGGGGCAUGUGGGGACAGAUCCAAAUUCACCACAUAAAAUUGCUGUGAAAUGUUGUGAAGAUCUAAAGAAUUAUUCACGGCAUAUUGGCAAAGGUCAUGAUGAAAGCUCCGACUCAAAAAAUAAAGGUAACUUCAUUGAAUUGAUAAAGUUUUUAGCAACUUUUAAUGAUAAAGUUGAUGGAGAUGUGUUGACAAAUGCUUCACGAAAUGCCAAAUAUACAUCACUCCAAAUUCAAAAAGAAAUUUUGCAUAUCUUUGCAACUAAAGUACGAGAUGUGAUUCGCAAAGAAAUUGGGGAUGCUAAAUUUUGCAUUCUUGUUGAUGAAGCUCGGGAUGAGUCAAAAAGGGAGCAAAUGGCAAUCAUUUUGAGAUUUGUUGAUAAAGAUGCUUUGGUUGCAACAUCUAGAGAAGCAAAAUCUGUUCAUCAAUUCUUUGAGAAUUUGAAUUUUAUUAUCAACAUUGUUGUUGGUUCUUCAAAACGCAAUGAUGAAUUGCAAUCUGCUCAAGUUGCUGAGAUUGAAAGUAUGAUUGCUUCUAAUGAAAUUGAGACUGGAAGGGGGGCCAACCAAAUUGUUCUCGACACUAUCUCAAAGGAGGGAACCAACUAUUCUCAGCGCGGUGAUGCUGAAGCGGCUUAUAUGCAAAAUUCUCAAGACAUUUUAAAUGCCAUGAAAUUGGUUUCAACUACAAAAUCACUUCUUUAG